ACGCGUCUUGUGAUUCAGGCGGAGGAAAUCGAUUUCCCGUGUUCCGGAUGGCUGUGCCUCUUGUUUGGCUCGUCAUGUGAUCGACUUCCUCGGUUUAGCGAAAUUUUACUCCCUCAUUCCCCUUUGUUUUCUUCCAUCACCUUCCCCUUUACCCUUUAUUUUAUCCCAUAGUACAAUGAGUUAUAACGGUUACAGUGGUGGUGGUGGUUACGGCGGCGGAUAUGGUGGUGGUGGAGGCUAUGGUGGAGGAGGAGGUUGGGGAGGCGGUCAUGACGACAAAAUGUCCAAUCUUGGUGGUGGUCUCCGCACUGUCGACUGGACUAGCACCAAACUCGAGCAUUUCGAGAAAAACUUCUACGUUGAAGAUAAGCGAGUAUCACAACGUAGCGAGCGAGAGGUCGAGGAUUUCAGAAAAACCAAGGAAAUCAGGGUGCAAGGUCGUGCAGUGCCAAGGCCUGUCUCAUCAUUUGAAGAAGUUGGCUUUCCAGACUACCUCAUGACAUCUAUCCGAGCACAAGGUUUCUCUUCUCCUACACCCAUUCAAUGUCAAGCCUGGCCGAUGGCCCUUAGUGGGCGUGACGUCGUAGCCAUCGCGCAGACCGGAAGUGGAAAGACGAUUUCUUUCGCUCUUCCGGCCAUGCUACAUAUUAAUGCGCAACCGCUCCUGUCUCCAGGAGAUGGUCCGAUUGCCCUUGUUCUGGCGCCUACUCGUGAGCUGGCGGUACAGAUCCAGCAAGAAUGCACCAAAUUUGGAUCCAACUCCCGGAUUCGAAACACAGCUAUUUAUGGUGGUGCUCCCAAAGGACCCCAAAUCCGUGACCUGCAACGUGGUGUGGAAAUCGUCAUUGCCACGCCUGGGCGUCUCAUCGACAUGCUUGAAACUAACAAAACCAACCUGCGUCGAGUUACUUAUCUGGUGAUGGAUGAAGCAGAUCGCAUGCUCGACAUGGGUUUUGAACCUCAAAUCCGUAAGAUUGUGGGACAAAUUCGACCUGACCGGCAAACUCUGAUGUUCAGCGCUACGUGGCCCAAGGACGUUCAGAAACUUGCUAAUGAUUUCCUUCGGGACAUGAUCCAAGUGAACAUCGGAUCUAUGGAGCUAACUGCCAAUCAUAACAUCCAGCAAAUUGUUGAAGUUUGCAGUGAUUUUGAGAAGCGAGGCAAGCUGGAACGUCAUCUUGACAAGAUCAGCUCGGAAAAUGCCAAGGUUCUCAUCUUCGUCGGCACCAAGCGUGUCGCAGAUGACAUCACGAAGUAUCUUCGGGAGGAAGGAUGGCCCGCGCUGGCCAUUCAUGGUGACAAGGAACAACGCGAGCGUGACUGGGUAUUGGGAGAGUUCAAAGCCGGUCGUUCACCGAUUCUCAUAGCCACGGAUGUCGCAUCUCGUGGGCUUGAUGUCAAGGAUGUAGGCUAUGUCAUCAACUAUGAUUUCCCCAACAACUGCGAAGACUACAUUCACAGAAUUGGAAGAACUGGGCGUGCUGGCAUGAAGGGAACGUCGUUCACCUACUUUACCACUGAUAAUGCCAAGUCUGCCCGAGAACUCGUGAGCAUUUUGAAGGAAGCUAAAGCUGUCGUACCCCCUCAACUUGAAGAGAUGACCAUGUAUGGUGGUGGAGGCGGCCGAAGCCGAUAUGGCGGAGGUGGUCGUGGCCGCGGAGGCGGUGGCGGACGAUAUGGUGGAGGUGGUGGAGGUGGUUAUGGCGGCGGUGACAGUGGAUAUGGUACUCGGAAAGAUCGCUGGUAAGCGAGUGUGCCGCGUGCUUCUGUGCUUGUGCCGUCGUUAUUUGUUGAGACUGUACUGGACUGUGUCUUUGAGCCGCUGUUACGACCGAGGAUAGAUGUAGACUUGUACCUAGACACGCUUAUUAUUGUAUGACACUCAGAUUAAUCUGGAGCUGCAAAGCUAUUUUGCCACC